CCUUACUUCAUGUGUAGCAGGCCACCAAACAGACCCUUCCUACAGUCUCGACGUUCACAAACAAUUGAUCCCUCAGAACAUUAGCGGUACAAUUUAAGCAUAUUGUAUCCUAAUGGAUCCACACACGCAAAGUCAUCCCAAUUCACCUGAACGUGUGACCGGCCCGCGAGGACCGUUCGAAUCUGUAGAGAAUCGCUUGCCAUUCUCACCCUCUCUACCCGAGUUCCGCGGGUUCAAGCAAUCACCCAGUCGCACAGCAUCAGAUAUACACGUUCAAGGCAUGGUGGCUCGAUUCAACAGUCUGGACAUCAAGGACCAUAAAGACUUGGCACGCCGCGAUGAAGUAGCCAUUAAGCGUUCGGAGAUGGCGCGCGAGAUGGCAGAACUAGAGUUGAAGAAAGCAAAAGAAGAAAAGGACGAGCUUGAGCGAUAUGCCGGCAAAUACAGAGAAGAAGCUAGGCGUCUGAGGAAAGAGGUCGAAGAGGGCCGUGAGCGCGAAAGAAAAGUUGCAAAACGGUUAGACGUUCUUAUGGACGAAUUACAUCGGGCCAAAGAAACUACUGGGCAGACCCAGACCGUCUACGAAAAAGAAAUUCGACGCGCUCGCAAGGAAGCAUUUAAGUCGUCAUCAGCCCUGGUGAAAAUGCAAGAGGAGCUCAAGGCGACCCGGAGCUCCCUCAAGGUCACUCAAUCGGGACUCGAGAGUGAACGACUGCGACUAUCAAAGAGGGAACAGGAAGCUUUCACCGCACAAUACCAAUUAGUUGCAGUUCAGGAGGAGCUCGAGAAGGCCCAUUCUGCUAUCAAGUCUGUCGAAGAGGAGCGUGAUGCAUUAAAGACCAGUUUGAAGGAAGAAGAAGUCGCUCGUAUUGCUGCCCAGGGCGGAAUUGCGUUGCCCGUUUCGCACAGCGAAGAAGAACUCGACGAGUUCGCUUCGCCUCAAAAGUCUCCUAUGAAGCGACCACAGUAUGACUCCUCAGACAAAGAGAACAUCAUGCCUAAGCGAACGAUCGAGCUCAGGCGCCUUCAAGAGGAGCUACAAGUAGAGGCGUCCCUAAGAGCUCGAGCAGAGGAACAGAUUGACUUUAUGAAGAUGGAAUGCCAAUUCCGCUGCUGCUCGUGCCGCAUUGCCGAUAUCCAGAAUACAAAAUAUGUCCACGAUAACUCUUUGGAUACAGAGAUGGAGCGAAUCAAGGCCUCUGUGCCUGCCCUGUCACGCUCGGCUAGCGAUGAUGAGAUGGAGGAGUUGAUGGAUCCAACAAAGCUUGACACCGAGGAAUUCAAUCCCUCGGCGCUUGACAUAAUGCCAACCACACCAGCCGAUACCGACAUGAUGGAUGCUGUGAUCAAAGAUGAGCCCGAAGAGGUGGAUAUUGAUUUUGCGAAGAUUCCGGACGUACACACGACCGAGGAACCUGCAAUCGAAGCAGUCAUCGAUGAAUGUAACCAAGAUGCAGUGACGUCGUCUCCUACUCCAGCUAUCACCCAGCCAGAGAUCGCAGUUGAAUCGCCCACGUCUUUACCCAAAGUCACUCUUAUUACGAAGCUGAGGAAAGAAAUCGAGGACGACGAAGACAAAGAAAACCUCCCUGAGACCCCCAUGGUCCCUGCAAUUCGCACAAUAACACACACAACGACGAUACCGAUGCGAUUUAGUCCCGCAAAGGCUGAUGUUCCAACAGCUCCCUCAACAGCUCCUCACCUACCUACGAGAUCGUUUUCAGAAAGGGCACCCUCCACCAAAUCAUUCAACUCAUCUAACGAGAACAUCACACACGAUCUCGGAAAGCUGGAAAUUGACCGAACUGCAGCUUUAGAGGCUAUCCGGCAACGCCGAGGCAGAGCACGGAGUAUUGCCAACGCUCAAAUGACUCCGCGGAAACAGAUGAUGGAGGGUGUCAACGAGAGAAGAGAUAUCAGUGCACCACAAAUCAAAUACGGCAGGCCAUAAAAGUUCUGGCCUUGAUGUCUUUGACCCAUGUAUGCUCAUUUUUAGCGGCAUCGGCUUGGUGUUGAGGAUUCAGUUUUUGUCUUGGUUAAGAUGAAUGACAAGGCGUUCUGCAGCUUAUAAUCAUGAAUAUAUAAUAUUGAAUUCUGAUUCCUACA